UUUCUUUCGUUUAUUUAAAUUCUUGCUGAAAAUGUGAAUAUUUUUAAACGUGCCGUUUUUUUAAUGAUUAGCAUGCGUAUUAUUUGCAGUUGUCUUCAUGCCUAUUACUCAGACGUUGUAUUGGGUCUUUCCUUCUAAUCACCCACGCGAUUUGUGGAAGGAUGCGGGAAUAGACUGUAGCACCGAAGGUUAGGUCCAGUUUUCUGGUGCCCCCAUCUUCACACCAUUACAAUAUUUUUUUCUGCGAUGAGACAUGCCUGUUUAAGUCACUGUGAAUAAUUCCUUAGUUGCCAUGCCGGUGUAAUUCAAUGAUCGCUGUUCAUAUUUUCUUUAUGGAGCACACGUAGCUGGUGUUUUUCUUGGUUCUUUGUGGCUGAUUUACACUACUAUUGCAUGCAGCAAUAUUGCUCUCUUGUCACGUUAGUUGACGGGAGUGAAUUGGGAAGGGGGGGCAGGAGUGAGUUAGGCGGAGUGGAUCGAAUAGUUGCAGACUGGCUUUGUGGUCUCUAAGUCGGCGCGUGAGUACACCCCCCAUCCCUCUCUCGCCCACUCUGUCUGCUGGUCCUACCCCAAAAAGCGCUUACCGUAGGUGCCUCUCCCCUUUUCCCCAAUCCGAAACCAGUUGUAGGGGUAUGGAUGAGCCUGGGAUGCAGCGUCGACCGUGAGUGGAACAAGGGAACGCAAAGGAGGGAUGCUGGCUGAGUGCGAAACGAUGCACUGAUAAAUGAUUCCGUGGUACGGUUAAACAUCUGCCAAAAGGGCUGUAAAAAGUCUGAAUCUAAAUAAAGGAAAGACUUUCUCCGCCGUUACCGAAAUGUUCUGAAGCGAGGGACUGAAGGAUGAAGGCGGUGCUGAGGACCAAAAGACGGCUGCAGUUCCGCCGGCUCUGCUGCUUCGGAGCGGGGCUUGUAGCUGUCACCUGGCUCGCACAGCAUUUGCAUGUAACAGACACAAAGUCCCCCGGGUCUGUUCUUAAUGAGGAAAACACUUUGGACUGGUCCACACGCAGGCUGAUGCAGGAGAGAGAGGAGAACCAGACCUCCGACCAGCCAAGAGCAGCUAUCCAUGAGUUCCCGGCGGACAUCUUCACGAAGGAGCAGAGGAGACGUGGGGCGGUGCUCCUCCACGUGCUGUGUGCAAUUUACAUGUUCUAUGCUCUUGCGAUUGUCUGUGAUGACUACUUUGUCCCAUCCCUGGAAAAGAUUUCAGAGAACCUGCACCUCAGUGAAGAUGUGGCAGGAGCCACAUUCAUGGCAGCUGGCAGCUCAGCCCCAGAGCUCUUCACCUCUCUGAUAGGCGUUUUCAUCACAAAAGGCGAUCUUGGGGUCGGUACCAUCGUGGGCUCCGCGGUCUUCAACAUCCUUGUGAUCAUCGGGGUGUGUGGGAUAUUCGCUGGACAGACGGUGACUUUAACCUGGUGGCCUCUGUUCCGUGACUCUGUCUACUACAUCUUCUCUGUUCUGGCCUUGAUCCUGGUGAUCUAUGAUGAGAAGGUUAUCUGGUGGGAGGCUAUAGUCCUCAUCUCCAUGUAUGGUAUCUACAUUCUGAUCAUGAAGUUUAACACCCAGAUCUGGGCGUUUGUGGAGCGGCGGUGUGGAGGUCCAGGGCUGCCCUGUCUGGGGAACAGCCGGCACCGAGACGGGGCAGUAGGAGAGGGAGGGUCUAACCACGACACCUCCAUGGUCCUGCUAAGAAAAGGUCACCGCCCUGGGCAGGAGUCCCCUGUAAUGAUGGUGGACGAGCUCUUCAGCCUGCACCCCCACCAGUUCACCUUAUCGGAGGCCAGCCUGCGCAUCAUGAUCACGCAGCACUUUUCCCCCCGCACACGCCUCAGCAUGGCGGGGCGUAUGCUCAUCAACGAGCGACAGAGACUCAUCAGGAACCAAAGUCCAGGGGGCAGCAGUGGUAGCGGGGCGGGGGACACCCCCGUGAAAAGUAACUCUGGGGUACAGGGAGGCUCCUGGGGAAUAGAAAAUGGGGGCGCCCUGGAGAAUGAGAGGCAGCCCCUGGAGGAGCCCGGGGAGAGGGGAGAGGAGGGUGGAGCAGAGGUGGAGACGGAGACAGAGAACAUUCAGCCAGAAGACAUGGAGGAGGAUGAAGUCGACGAGACAUUUAGACCCCUCAAGAUGCCAGGGGGGCGCUGCAACCGUGUGAAGUGGCUGGUGUCCUGGCCCCUUGGUCUGCUGCUCUACUACACUGUGCCCAACUGUGUGCACCCGCGCUGGCAUCGGUGGUUCAUGGUCACUUUCGUGGCCUCCACGCUGUGGAUCGCCAUCUUCUCCUACCUCAUGGUGUGGAUGGUCACCAUCAUCAGCUUCACGCUGGAGAUUCCUGAUGUCCUCAUGGGCAUCACCUUCCUGGCAGCAGGAACCAGCGUCCCUGACUGCAUGGCCAGCCUCAUCGUUGCACGACAAGGCAUGGGGGACAUGGCAGUGUCCAACUCCAUCGGUAGCAAUAUCUUCGACAUCCUCCUUGGGCUGGGGUUCCCCUGGGCCUUGCGCACUCUGGUUGUGGACUACGGGUCCACGGUGUUCAUCAACAGCAAGGGGUUGGUGUACUCCGUGAUCCUGUUACUGGCAUCUGUGUUCCUCACGGUCCUCAGCGUGCACUUGAACCACUGGAGGCUGGACCGGCGCCUGGGGGUCUGCCUGGUGUUGCUGUACUCCGUCUUCGUGCUCUGCUCCAUAUUCUUCGAGCAGCUGUAGCCUGCCCUCACGCUCCAUCAUAGCUGCCUGCACUCCUGAUGGCGGAGAACAUGCUUGUCCGUUUUUCCAUCCUGUUUGGUUUACAGUAUCCUGUUUCUCAUAACUACUAUGAUGUAGUUGACUUUGGUUGAUCAUGGUAGCUCUCAAGACGUUUAUUUAUUACUGGUCCAAUUCAGGCCAGAUUGCGAGGGUCUUGGGUCAAAGGCACAAGUUUUUGCCCCAAACCCCCACUGCCCCUCGUGCUGUGAUCUGGAUGUAUUUACAGGCUAUAGGAUUUCAAUAUUCCCUCGUCUAUUUUGAGCUGCAGGCCUGGCAGUCGAUGUUGGAGACAUAUCCAGAGAAAACGCAACUGGUUUGUCCUCGUCCCUCUGCCCAGACCUCGUGAUGUCCGACGUGUAGCAGCAAUUGCUGGCAGUGUGGGGAUUGUGACCUCUAGGAAUCUCACACAGGUCAAGUUUCUCUGUUCAAACGAAAGGAAGCUUUAAAAUAAUACUGUAAAUUAACUCUAUAAUGAAGUUCAUUUGUAAUGUGAAGAGGCCGAACCAUUUAACUAUGAUUUGGAAGUGCUGUUAAUAUUUUAACAUUCGGAAACUGACUAUUUUUACCGUAUAAGGCCAAAAGGAUAUGAACCUUAGCUGUUUCCUACUAGGUACAGUACAGUCAAAUCUACACAUGCACAAGUAUAGUAUAGGGGACUAUUUAAAGUCCAUUACAUUGAGGUUGACCUGUUUUAGUAAGGUGUAGGCCUUGCAGUGAUCUACAAACGUAUCACGGUUUGUAAUACGACUAGACACUGAAUUAAAAAUGUUACAACACAAAUCCAUAAAUAAUAUAAAAAUCGAGCAAUGCAACUUCAAGGAGAAAAUAAUUGGCUGGGAAGGGAUUUCUGUGUGCAAACGCACCAGAAACCAGUGCAGCAUGCAGGAAAUGUUUUUCCUACCAAUGACUCCAUCAAAGGCUCAAUGUGACCUUUCCCGCAUAAUCUAACUGUAAUCUACAAUAAGUCAAUAGCCGGGAAGGACAGGGAAAUUAAAGUAGUACAAUGAAACCCUUUUGUUUGAUUUGGUCAUACUGGUUACUUAUACAGUGCUAGCUAUAGCAGUUCCCACUGAGGAGAUCAGUUUGGCUCUCCAAUGCACUAUUUGUUCCUCCUGAUCAAUUCUACCUGUCUUCAGGUCAGAUAUAAGAUAUUUUCCACUAGUUUUUCAAAAAGAAAAUUCUUCACAUUUAGUACACUUUGGUUUUUGUCUGUAUUGGUCAAGGGUGUAGGUUUGGGUAAGAUGAAUGGAGACAUGUCUCCGGCAAUAUUGUGGGAGUGGUGCGUGUGUUCAGGCCGGCCAGGGGGCUCGGGGCUGUUGUGGUCCCUACUAAAUUUGAAACCAAGGCGACGCCUUUGGUGUUGCUCAAAGCAGACAAAGUACAAUUUCUCGGGGUCCAUGGUCCACACGAGGGGAUGUGGUUUGAUGCUCAGUGAAUGGAUACAUGUUUCACACUGUUCAAUUCUCUGAAAGUUGUUGAAGAUUUGUUAUAAUGUCUGCACUAUUCUGCAUGACCUAUCCUUUCUUAUGGAGUAAAAUGAAAUCCUUCUAAACAUUUAAUACAGAUUUUGAAUAGGUAUAAAUCUAUUUAAUAUGUGUUUAUAUAUUUUCAGCUGUCGCCACUUUUGAUAUCUUGUGUACGGGUCUAAUAUUACGGUUCACUGAGAUUAGGUACGUUUGAUGUUCAAGACAAAGAUACAGUCUGACCACUUAUUUAUGAGUAUUAUUAUAUUGAGCAAGUUCAGAAGAAACCUCACAUUACCUUUGCUAAGUGUUUACUAAACAUAUGCAUAGUUUUUUAAGAACGGGUGUCGGAGAGUAUCUAGUUAUAUUUGUGAUGUAUUUUAAUAUUAAAUGAUCAUGGUGUACCUAUGUUUAUAUUUCAGGUUACGUGUCCUUCCAAAAAAAAGUGUUUAGUUUUUUUAGUAUCUAUAAAGAAGGAAUAUUAUAUGUACGCAGAGCCCCUUUCGUCAAAUAUGAAAAAAAUAUAUAAACUUAAUGUUUAGUUUUUUGUAAGCCAGUGUAUAUACAGAGUCGCGAUAGAUUCUAGAUAUUUUCACUUCGGCAACUUUGGUGUUAGUUGCAAAUCCCUUGCAUGUUAUUAGGAGAGGGACAGAGUCAUUUAUAGCUGUGUCCAUCAUGCCCUGAAGCCACAUUUCUUCUAUGGUACACUGAGCGAGGGGUUUAAACAUUCGAUUUCCUCUUAUUUUACGAAGUUUACAGUUAACUGUUGUUGGCAUCCUCACAUGUUUCUGUAAUAUUUUAACAUUUUGAUUGUAACUGCAACGCCAGAAUUGAUCUUAUCCUCUCCUAGCAUCAGGAGAAGGUUUUUAUCUGUUGCUCAUGUGCUUUAGGUUAAACUCUUGGCCUCCAGAUUGAUGAGGAAGAGGAACCAGAGUGGCAAUCAUGAGGAGAACCCCUAGCAGCAUAUUAUUCAUCAUGUCAUUGCAAAUGGCUAAUUUCUUACUAAGGCUUGUAAUUAGUGAGAUGGAUAAUCAAUUUAUUAUGUUACAGCAGCCAUUUGAGAAUGUCACAUGCUGGCUGGUGUGGAUCCUGUUGGAGGUUUCUGGAACAGUAGCUAGAAUCAUAAAGAACUGAAAUUGAUGCCCAAAAGAGACACCAGAAUAGCCCAGAUUGUAAUUUGUCUUGUUUUAGAAAUGUGAAGAUAACAGAAGAUAAUGAUAUUGUGUAUGUGGCUGGAGUGCAGCCUGGAAGCUACAUGAAUCUAGCCAUCGGGUACCUGCUUACAUUGAUUGGAAAAUUUUCCUAAUUUUUAUUUUUUAAUUAAUUAGCAGUGCAUGUUAUACUUGCAGAAAUAGGUCAAGCAGGUAGAGAAAACGUAUGGAUGUUUUACGUGAAAAACUAAUAACUUAAAUUGUCAUUGUUUUGUCACAAAUUUAAUUUAUUGACCAGAUAAAAUAUAAUGUAUUCACCAAAAAAAAAUCAUAUUUUAGAAAAAAAUACUGCGUGAAGUUUCACCUGAAGUCUAAAGCUACUGUUUUUGAGGGUAGAUGUAGAGUUUAGACAUUUUGACAUGUGUUUCUUAAUAGUGCUGUUCCUACAGCUGACAUGAAUUUGUUUUUGCCAUUUUACCGCAAGAGCUUUACAAAGUCCAAAGUGAAACAUUCCUGUUCCCUUCACUUCUUUGCCUUGUUUAUUUUUGUCACCGCUGUCCCAUGCUUGCCCUCUGUCAUCUUCUAUUGAUUGCCCUGAGAAUUAAACAACUGUGAUAAGUAGUAUUCACACCGGGGGGGUGAUUAUUAAGGGUGGCUUCUCAGUUGUCCCAUGCACAGACACACACUAAGCAGGCAUGAAAGACCCUAAUGCUCUGCUUUGCGUCUCCUUACUGGCGUCUGUCCACCGUAGUGCCCGAGUGAGUGAGGAGAGGACCAUCGAUAGCAGAACACCCCCAUGGAGACUCUCACCACCCCCCACCCUCCCACACCACUUCUCUCUGGAAUGAUAAAACAUAACAGGUCAUGAGUCUACAGCUGGGUAGCGAGUGUGAAAAGCGUGUUUAAAUGCUGAGCAGGCGCUAUGAAUCUCAGUAUGCUAACAAGGUGUGAUAUGAAAUGUGUUCCAGAGGCUGGGGCCCUUUGGAAAUGCAGAUCCCUGUCAUUUCAGCUUUCGGCACAAUGCUUGUAUUGUUCGAAAAAAUGUACAUUGUUGAGUGCAAUAAACAACAGUCUGUGCAAUA